CAGGCCUCGUGUCGGAGGCGUGGUGCUGCCGCCGAACGGUCGGGAUGGAGAUCGGUUGGCGGUGACUGGUGAGAGAUGCUACAGGAAGACUUCACAUACACAAUGCUGCAGGUCACAAGAAUGCCCUGGAAUUUGGGGAAGAAUCUUCUGGAACAGAAUGGGAGACAUUGUGUGGGAAUGUGGUCAAUUAAUCGAUUGUCACAUGGACAACCAAAUAAAGCUGUUGAAUGCCAGAACCUAAUUUUAGUGGUCUGUUAAGGAAGCAAAAUUAUUUUCUGUGUAAAGAGAAAAAUGCUGAGAACUGCUUUUGAUGAGAUCCAGAAAGCCAUGACUGAAAGAGAGGUCAGAUCAAGUUUCAGAGUGUUCAAGUGAAUGGUGGCUUGAGCAAGCUAACAAAGGAGAUUUAAAAAACACAAACAUUCAAUCAGCAAACCUGUUUGUCUUCCACCUGUCAGCAAGUAAAGCAGUAUUUAGUGUUGAAUAUUGCUAUCAUGGCUGUGACUGUCGGAGAGAUGUUGUGGACACUUUGUGCGUUGUCUGCGCAUUUGGGACUGGGUGGUGGCCACAGUAUGUUUGCCUGUGAACCCAUUUCCCUGAGAAUGUGCCGUGAUCUGCCUUACAAUAUGACAUUUAUGCCAAAUCUCCUGAAUCACUAUGACCAGCAAACUGCAGCCCUGGCGAUGGAGCCAUUUCAUCCUCUUGUAAACUUGGAAUGUUCCCGAGAUCUACAGCCGUUCCUGUGUGCAAUGUAUGCCCCUGUUUGUACAGAGUAUGGUCGUAUUACACUACCAUGUCGUAAGCUGUGUCAGCGAGCAUAUGUGGAGUGUAAUAAGCUGAUGGAGAUGUUUGGAGUCAUGUGGCCAGAGGAGAUGGAGUGUAUAAAAUUUCCAGACUGUGAUGAAGCCUAUUCACGCCACACUGACUCUCUCUUGGGUGGUGAUCCCACAGAGGAGGCCCCAAUGGCAGUGCAGAGAGACUAUGGUUUUUGGUGCCCACGUGAAUUGAAAAUUGAUCCUGAGCUUGGCUACUCCUUCCUUGGGGUCACAGACUGUUCACCACCCUGUCCUAACAUGUACUUCAGACGGGAAGAGCUUUCUUUUGCAAGGUACUUCAUCGGUGUGAUAUCCAUCGUUUGCUUGUCUGCUACACUCUUCACCUUUCUCACAUUCCUUAUUGAUGUGAAGCGAUUCCGCUAUCCAGAACGGCCAAUCAUAUUUUAUGCAGUCUGUUACAUGAUGGUUUCCUUGGUGUUUUUUAUUGGGUUUCUUCUAGAAGACACAGUUGCAUGCAAUAGAAAUGAUCCUUCAGUUUAUAAAGCAUCUACAGUGACACAAGGUUCCCACAAUAAGGCAUGUACCAUGCUGUUUAUGAUACUUUACUUCUUCACCAUGGCAGGCAGCGUCUGGUGGGUCAUCCUGACUAUCACAUGGUUUUUGGCUGCUGUUCCCAAAUGGGGCAGUGAAGCCAUAGAGAAGAAAGCACUGCUAUUCCAUGCAAGUGCCUGGGGAAUCCCUGGAACUCUCACGAUCAUUCUCCUUGCCAUGAACAAAAUUGAAGGAGACAACAUCAGUGGUGUUUGUUUUGUCGGACUAUAUGACAUUGACGCACUGCGAUAUUUUGUUUUGGCUCCCCUCUGUCUUUACGUGGUGGUAGGUGUUUCUUUGCUACUGGCGGGUAUAAUAUCUCUGAAUCGUGUAAGGAUUGAAAUUCCACUAGAAAAAGAGAACCAGGACAAGUUGGUGAAGUUCAUGAUCCGUAUUGGGGUGUUCAGUGUACUCUACCUUGUGCCACUCCUUGUCGUAAUUGGAUGUUACUUUUAUGAGCAAGCAUUUCGUACUGUAUGGGAGACAACAUGGAUUCAGGAACGCUGUCGUGAAUAUCACAUUCCCUGCCCUUACCAGGUGACCCAGGUGAGUCAUCCUGAUCUUAUUCUCUUCCUUAUGAAGUACCUGAUGGCUCUGGUUGUUGGAAUUCCUUCUGUAUUCUGGGUCGGCAGUAAGAAGACCUGCUUUGAAUGGGCUAGCUUCUUCCAUGGACGCAAGAAGAAAGAUUCUGUAAAUGAGAGUCGCCAAGUACUGCAGGAACCCGAGUUUGCUCAGUCACUGUUGAGAGACCCCAACACCCCAAUCAUCCGCAAAUCCCGAGGCACCUCUACACAAGGAACCUCCACUCAUGCCUCCUCACAGCAACUUGCCAUCAUGGAUGACCAAAGGAGCAAGGCUGGCAGUGUCCACAGUAAACCCAGCAGUUACCACGGCAGCCUGCACAGAUCAAGAGAUGGCAGAUAUACACCAUGCAGCUUCAGAGGUUUGGAUGAACGGUUGGUGCAUGGUAGUCUGCCAAGGCUCAAUGACCAGUCCCGGCAAAGCAGCCAGCACCGCCUGAAUGACCAGUCCCGCCAAAGCAGUAUCAGGGACCUGACCAACCCAGCAACUCAUAUUACGCAUGGUACCAGCAUGAACCGGGUCAUUGAGGAAGACUGCACAAGUGCCUAAAUGUAACCUCCUUUCCAAGGCAAAGCAAAGGAGGCAAACUGUUUAACAGAAGAUGGGAAAUGCCGUUUACAGAGCAUUUACAAGAGGGAGUUUGUUUACUGGCAGUUGUUACAUUAGGUCAAUGGCAGCAAAAUAGAUAAUAGGUCUUGUUAAUUGCAGUUUCAUCUACUGUCAUUAAUGCUGGCAAGGAGGUUUAGAUAGUUGCUGACAUAAAAAAGACUUGAACUCUUCUUUGGAACAACAGAAGUUUAGAUGUAUUUCAACUGAUGCAACCAAUAUAAAGACGAAAGAGAAGGAAGUUCAAAGUGGCAUCUCAUUCCUAAACAGACUGCUGUUCAUUCUGGGUACUUUAUAAAACUGGGAGGGUAGAAAGCUUGGAUUCCUCUUCAAGGACAAUGUGAUCCAUAAUGUAAAAAAAAACUUUUUAGAUCAUUGCUGAGACAUCUUUAGAUGAACACAUACCUUAUGCAAAAUUUGAUACCAUUCUCAUGUCUACAUGAUAGUCAAAAGGAUCAUUGUUUGGAACUGUUUUUAUUAUGUUUAUGGCUGCAAUGGUAAGAACAUUAAUAGCAAACCUGUUAGUUUUCAGAACUCCCAUCUCUAAGAUUAAAUUCUGUUAUUAGAAACUGGAUGCACGGUAUGAAAGAAACAAUGAAAUGAUGUGAUAAAGUGUAAAAAUACGUUGUAUGUACUUGAAAUGAGGUGGGUUUUGUAAAGGGGCUGUUGCACAGUUUUUUGUUUAGUUUUUAUUUGGGUCAGGACGUUGCAGUGCUACCUCAGUGCUCCUUCUAAUAUCUGACCAUUAGGAUAAGUAACAGAUGAGGCAGCUUUGCCAAAUAACAUGUUGCUAAUGAAGGGCAGGGUUUAUGGGUGGUGAAAUGGAGUUGUGCCCUAAAGUACAUAUUUGGUGAUGAGCAACAAAUGCUGGCCUUGCCAAUGAUGCUUACAUGCCAUGAAAGAAUUUUUUUAAAAUGGGGAACUUCUUGUUAAGGUGGGAUGCAAUACACCUCAAAGUUAUUGUUAUACCAUGUGAUGGGAAAGCUUAAUGGUUCUGGAAUAGUAUUGCCCCAUACCCACUCCCAGCACACUCUGCCACCCACCUCAAAAGUAAAAAUAAUGUGGACAAAUGAAUUAUACUGCUGAUGGAAAGUCCUUCACCUGCAACUCUGGGUUCAUUCAUUACCUAAAAUAUCUGUUGGUGAUCCUGUUAGUAUCCCUCCAAACAAAAUAACUUUCCAAUUGCAGUUUGCCUGAAAUGAACUGAAACAAAACUUAAAAAAUUGGAAAAACCUAGAGAUUGGGUAUCCUGCCAAACUUUCAACCGACCCUUAGCCUAAGUAGGUACUUUCAAACAUUCACCAGUAUCUUCACAAAUGUGUUUUCUAUGUAAUUAAAUGUCACAGUAAUUCUGAAAUAUCCAAUUAGUAUAAUGCAGAUGACAAAGGACAGUGAAGACCUCUGAGACCCUCCAAUCCAGCUCACUGGUGCCAUCCAUAAUUCAGUGGUGCCACUUUGAUCCCUGAUUCAAAAAAUAAAGGAAUGCAAGCUCCGUUCUACAGUAUUGAGAACAAAAUCUAGGCCAACACUGUUUUAUGAGUACUGGCAAGUUGCUGCACUGUCAGAGGUACAUUAAAUCCCAUCUUUUCCCUCAGUUAUGCAAAAACAAUAUUCCACAACUAACAUUUCUGGUCACUAUCACAUGUCUGAGAGAUCCUGCUCAUACAAAUUACCUGCUACCUUUAUUACAAUAGUGAUUACACUUCAGUUGGCUGUAAAGUAUUUGAGGAUGUGCUGAGUCUGUAAAAAGUAUCAAAUGAAGUUUCUAAACAGUUGAUCAGACUCUCAGUACCUUGUAUCUACCUGCAUGUUAUCAUUCCUUAGUGACCUAAGCUGGAAUAGUGAUGUAUUUAGAGAAUCAUGGAAUACAUACGUCACAGAAAAGCCACUUGGCCUGUUAUAGCCAUGCUGACUCAGAGCUACUCAACAAAUUCCACUCCUUGGGCUUUUCCCCAUAACCCUGUAUGUUUCUUCUUUGAUAAUUAUCCACUUUCCUUUCGAAAACCACUAUUAAAUCUGCUUCCACGAUACCAUCAGGAAUACAUUCCAGAUUUCUUAGCACUCACAUUAAAAGCUUUUUCUUUAUGCCUCUCUAGUCCUUUGCUAGUAAACUUAAAUUUUCCUGUUCUUGAACCUUCCACCAACGUGAACACUUUUCUCUAUUUAUUCUUCCUGGAAUUCUUAGGACUUUGAAUAACUCUGUGAAAUCUUCUAUAAACUUUAAAUAAAAGCAAUAUACUGCAGGUGCUGGAAAUCUGAAACAAGCCUAGAGAAUCCUGGAGAAAAUCAGCAAGUCUGGCAGUAUCUGUGGAGAGAGAAACAGUUUGUUUUAAAUCUGGUUUGACUUCUUCAGAAUCUGACGCUAUCAGACCUGCUGAGUUUCUCCGGUAUUCUCUUCAAUUAUUUCUCUCGACCUUCUCCUCUAAUGAGAACAGCCCUAGUUUCACCAGUCUAUCUCCGUAGCUGGUGUUGCAUUCCCAGAGCCAUUUUUGUGUGUAUUUUCUGUACCCUCUCCAGUCAUGUCACGUGUCAAAGUUGCUCCUUUUGAGAACAAAGAACAAUACAACACAGGAACAGGCCCUUUGCCCCUCCAAGCCUAUGCCGACGCAUUUUGUCAUUCUAUAAGAAAACUGUCUUCACUUACUCUUUCCGUCCUAUUCAUGUAUUCGUCCUGGUGCUUCUGG